ACGCCGAGAGCCAGCCUGCGCUGGGACACCUCGGGAGGGGACCGCAGGAGCCUGUGAGGCUGAGAAUGUCGGAGUCCUCGGGGGCCACCUUUGGAGGCAGGAGAGCCAUCCCCCCCAACACCUCCAACGCAUCAGAGAAUGAUCCCCCCACCAUGGAACUUCAGGGCCUGGUGCCCCGGAGCUUCAACAUGCAAGACUACCUUAAUGUUACGGGUGUUCACCUGUUCAAGGAGAGAUGGGACAGCAACAAAGUGGAUCACCACACCGACAAAUACAACAACAACAAGCUGAUUGUACGUAGAGGACAGUCUUUCUACAUCCAGAUCGACUUCAAUCGUCCCUAUAACCCUAGAAGGGACCUCUUCAGGGUGGAAUAUGUCAUUGGUCGCUACCCUCAGGAGAACAAGGGAACCUACAUCCCAGUCUCUGUGGUCUCCGAGCUGCAGAGUGGCCAGUGGGGAGCCAAAGUUAUCGGGAGAGAGGACAGGUCUGUCCGGCUGUCCGUCCAGUCUUCUCCAGACUGCAUUGUGGGGAAGUUCCGCAUGUAUGUUGCUGUCUGGACCCCCUAUGGUGUAAUCCGCACGAGCCGAAACCCAGAAACAGACACGUACAUUCUCUUCAAUCCUUGGUGUGAAGAGGAUGCUGUAUACCUGGAUAAUGAAGAAGAAAGAGAAGAGUAUGUCCUGAAUGACAUCGGGGUUAUUUUUUAUGGAGACUUCAAUGACAUCAAGAGUAGAAGCUGGAGCUAUGGUCAGUUUGAGGAUGGCAUCCUCGAUGCUUGCCUCUAUGUGAUGGACAGAGCAAAGAUGGACCUUUCUGGCAGAGGGAAUCCCAUCAAAGUCAGCCGUGUUGGAUCUGCCAUGAUUAAUGCCAAGGAUGAUGAAGGCGUCAUCGCUGGAUCCUGGGACAAUGUCUAUGCUUAUGGCAUCCCCCCAUCAGCCUGGACUGGAAGUGUUGACAUCCUGUUGGAAUACAGGAGUUCUGAGAAUCCAGUCCGCUAUGGUCAGUGCUGGGUUUUUGCUGGUGUCUUUAACACAUUUUUGCGAUGCCUCGGGAUACCAGCGAGAGUCGUCACCAACUAUUUCUCAGCCCAUGAUAACAAUGCCAAUCUGCAGUUGGACAUCUUCCUGGAAGAAGAUGGGAAUGUGAACUCCAAACUCACCAAGGAUUCAGUGUGGAACUACCACUGCUGGAACGAAGCCUGGAUGACGAGGCCUGAUCUUCCCAUUGGAUUUGGAGGUUGGCAAGUCGUGGACAGCACCCCGCAGGAAAACAGCGACGGGAUGUAUCGGUGCGGCCCGGCCUCUGUUCAAGCCAUUAAGCACGGCAAUGUUUGCUUCCAGUUUGACGCACCCUUCGUUUUUGCAGAGGUCAACAGUGAUCUUGUUUACAUUACAGCUAAGAAAGAUGGCACUCAUGUGGUUGAAACCCUUGAUACCACCCACGUUGGGAAAUUAAUCGUGACCAAGCAAGUUGGAGGAGAUGGCAUCAAGGACAUUACUGACACCUACAAAUUCCAGGAAGGUCAAGAAGAAGAGAGGUUGGCCCUAGAAACUGCCCUGAUGUAUGGGACUAAAAAGCCCCUCAACACAGAGGGCAUCGUCAAAUCGAGGUCUGAUGUCCACAUGAAUUUUGAAGUGGAGAAUGCCGUGCUGGGAAGAGACUUCAAGGUCACCAUCACCUUCCGUAACAAUGGCCCCGCCCACUACACCAUCACAGCCUAUCUCUCAGGCAACAUCACCUUCUACACCGGGGUCGCCAAGGCAGAAUUCAAGAACGAGACGUUUGAUGUGACACUGGAGCCCUUGUCCUUCAAGAAAGAGGAGGUGCUGAUUCAAGCGCGCGAAUACAUGGGCCAGCUGCUGGAGCAGGCGUUCCUGCACUUCUUUGUCACAGCCCGUGUCAAUGAGACCAAGGAUGUUCUGGCUAAGCAGAAGUCCGUUGUGCUGACAAUCCCCAAGGUCAUCAUCAAGGUCCAUGGCGCUCAGGUAGUAGGUUCUGACAUGGUUGUGACCGUUGAGUUCACCAAUCCUUUAAAAGAAACUCUGAAAAAUAUUUGGAUUUACCUGGAUGGUCCUGGAGUGACGAAACCCAUAAAGAAGAUGUUCCAGGAAAUCCGGCCCAACUCCACUGUGAAAUGGGAGGAGGUGUGUCGGCCUUGGGUUUCUGGCCCUCGGAAGCUGAUGGCCAGCAUGACCAGUGACCCCUUGAGACACGUGUACGGCGAGCUGGACUUGCAGAUUCAGAGACAACCGCCUAUGUAG